GGCUGCGUCCCACAUACCUACAUACUGCCUGUCUCCGCGCUCUCCUUUAAGUGGAGAGUCUCCACGCAUAUACGCCCUACGUAGGGCCCUCAUUAUCCGUGAGGAAGUUGAUUGGGAUUGAGCCCGUGUUUACUCCAAGAUGACGGAGCAGAGCGCGUCGCCGGAGGAUCCCUGGCACAAACAGUCAGACGGCACUUUCAGCGACAGCUUCGACCACAAUUUCUUUGCGGAAAAUGCGCGAAAGGGAUCCGUGGUCUCCAGAGCUAACAGUAUCGGCUCCACCAGCGCGUCAUCCGUACCAAACACAGACGAUGAAGACAGCGAUUAUAAGCACGAGACCAAGGACUCGUAUAAAGACCGCAGGAGGCAAGCGCACACACAGGCUGAGCAGAAACGCAGAGACGCUAUCAAGAAAGGCUAUGACGACCUGCAGUCCAUCGUGCCCACCUGUCAGCAGCAGUCCGAGUUCGCCAUGGCCGCACAGAAGAUCAGCAAGGCCACGGUGCUGCAGAAAACCAUAGACUACAUUCAGUUUCUUCACAAAGAGAAGAAGAAGCAAGAAGAGGAAGUGUCCAUGCUGAGGAAGGAAGUGAUGGCGCUGAAGAUUAUGAAAACGAACUACGAGCAGAUUGUUAAGGCUCACCAGAACAACCCUCAGCAGGGAACCGAGCAGGUUUCCGAUCAGGUUAAGUUCAGCGUGUUUCAGAACAUCAUGGAUUCUCUGUUUCAGUCGUUCAUCACCUCAGUGUCCGUCAGCAGCUUCCAGGAGCUUUCGGCCUGCGUCUUCAGCUGGAUUGAGGAGCACUGCAAACCGCAGACGCUGAGGGAGUUUGUGGUGGGAGUCCUGAGGCAGCUGAACGGCCAGCUGUAUUAACGUGCUGGAGAUCUUUCUCUCUCUCUCACACACUCAGGAUGUGCAGACAUGAUGAAACUUCAGGUUCCUCCUUGCCUAUCGACUCUACCAAAGGCACAGAUUAUUGUUGUUGUUGAUGUAAUUCUUUAUCGUGAUUAUUAUGGUUAUUGUUAUAAUUACAGGGUUGUAAAUGCCUGUCCCACAAUGCAACACAUGAUACACGCUGAGCCGCUUGGUUUUUCCAGCAGCAGUAGUUAAAGAGUGACAAAACUGAAUGUUGGUGAGACUGGGGGAGAAACGUAAUUCGUGAAAUAGAGACGGUUCUUGCCUCCGUUUAAGGCAGAAGAUAUGGAGGUUAAUAUGCGCUUGUUUGCAUUGUGCGACAAAAGACAGCCACGUGGACUGGGGUGUGUUCCAGGUUCAACAUGAGUGAGGGAUCACAAUAUACAAAAUCACACCACCGUUUUCUUAUAAUGACAUCAUAUCCGACAUCUCAGAAAUGAUGCAGACCUAAUCACGUAUCUGGGCCUCCUUUAGCCUUAAGCGAGCAUUAGACAAGCCUUGGUUUGUCAUCUUUGCUUCGUAAUGUCAAAACAAAAUUACAUCACCGCUUCGUGCUGGACUACCCCUCACCCAAAGAGCACUCGCCGUUCUUAUAUCUGACCGUGUGUUCCUAAACUUAGCCAUGUUUGGGCCAGGGUUUUCUGCUUUCAAAGGAUUUCAGGGAGUCCAUAUUUCUAAACUCUGACGUGUAAUUACCUUAACUGAUGUCCCGUUUACUUUAUAUCUACUCGUUCACUCAGCCCGAGAACCUUCCAAAAUGAGAAACUGGGACUUUUUAAAUAAGAAAUGGAACUGUUAAAUCCGAGAUGGAGAUCCAGACUGUUAGUUAAUGGGUGCACUAGACCCUUAUCAAAUGUGAUGUCUAGAAUUUUGGCAAAUGGGAAAACAAAUCUUUUUGAAUUUGCACUCCAGAACCUUCCCAGAUAGAAGCUUAGCAAAUGGGAUCUGUGAAGCUUUUCCAACUGGGAGCUCCAGAACCCUAGCUAAAGGGAUCUCUUCAGCUUUCCCAAACAGGAUUUCCAGAAACUUGGAAAUGAGCAACGGAGCUUAGCGAAUGGGAUCUCUGAAAUAUUUUCAAAUGAGCAAAUGGGUACACUGCAGCUUUUCCAAAUGGGAUCUCCAGAACCUCAGCGAAUGGGGGAUCCUUGGAAUAUUUCCAAAUGAGCAAAUAGGAUUUCUGUAGCUAUUCCUAAUUGGGCCGCUGCAACAUUCCCAACAGGAUCUCCAGAACCUUAGAGAAAACAGGAUCUCUAGAGCAUUUCCAAAUGGGAUUUCCAGAACCGUAGCAAAUCUCUGGAUCUCUUGCGCUUUCCCAAAUAGAAGCUCCAAAACCAGCGACAGCAGUGUCAAAGCUGGAGCUUUUAAUUAAUGGCAAGUCUCUGAGAUCUUUUCCAGGCCAAGUGCUAGUGUGGUGUAUGGAAACACAAUUCCGCCCUGCUUCUGACUGCACCAACAAAGCAAAUAUUUCACUUUUAUGAAUUACUUAACAACUUAAAGCAGUUUUUACAAGAACGGUAAUGCGUUUGGUUAGAAUUUGUGAUCCAGGAUGGUGAAGGUCUUGGUUCACUUAAGACUACUCGCUCUGGAGCAAGAACGAGGCAGCGUCCUAGAAAUACAGCCUGGAAAAUCCCUCCGGGAGAAACAUCAGACCUCUAACUUGGGUUCAGUCAUAAGAAAGAGAAUCACUUUAGCUUUAAAAUGCAGGAGACAUUCUGCUGAAGCAGCUUUUACACACUUAAGCCGUGUUGACCUCUGUGUGCAAAAAAGGAAGUGCGAUCACGAUAGUCCCACGCGACUCUGUAGUGCUCGCUAACACACCCCAGUUCCACAUGGUGUUUAUCAGUAGCUCUUAAAACCGAUGCAAUAACGUCAGUGUUUUAUUAUGCAUGCUAAGUGUGUGCGCGCGCGCUCUCUUGCUUACCUCUGAGUCAGACUCUGUUAUUUUCAGACCGUUUUACGGGUGUGUGUGUGUUUGUGUGUUUUCGAGAAUGUUAUCUACACGCUGAACUAUCACAUGUUCUUUCUUGUUCGUUACCUCGUAUCCAGAUCCCAAAGCACAACUUUUAAUUACAUACAGAACGACGGUUUCGCUAAGGUGAGACCGAACGUAGCGAGAAGUCGUAUUGUUCCCAGAAGCAAAACAACUGCUCAUUCAGGUGCCUUGACUGCGGUGUUGAAUGUGCACGAAAUCACAUGGGAAAGGGGAAAAAAACAACAAAAUAUUUUUUUCUUUUUAUUUAAGGUGUUAAGAUUUGUCUUUGGGGACAUCCUUAACUUUAGUACAAGGUAUUUUUAUGAGUUUGGAAAGAGCUUGUAAAGCAAAAUAAAGUGUUACAAAAUAAGA